CACCUACCCCCCUCAUGUCUCAACACAGGAAGUCCAUGUUUAAGGACCUAGAGGAAGAAAUGGACCUUACGGGUAGAAGACAAAAACAUCUUGAGAUGAUUGAGCUGUGACUUACAUCUAAAAUGAGUCUCUCUUUGGGGGGAGAGGAGGGGACAACUGCCUCUGAAAUGAGCCUCUCUGGGGAGAGAGAGGAGAAGACCACUGCCUCUAAAAUUAGUCUCUCUGGGGAGAGAGAGGAGGGGACCACUGCCUCUAAAAUUACUCAAGACACAAGUUCUAAGAGUGUCCAGAAGCCCAGAGCAGAGUCACCUACAACCAGCCUGCUAUCAAUGAAGAGUGAUCAGCCACCUGCUUUCAGCCAGGAACCAUUACCAGAUGACAAUAAGGAAGUGGAGAGUUUGGACAGUGAGGAUGUAUUAAAGAUCACACACAACCUUCUGGACAGAAGAUGUGAAACUCUGCUGACAGUCCAACAAAACAUCAAGACUAAACUGCAACACAAGUAUCAACACAUAUCUGAAGGAAUUGGACACCAUGGAAACCAAAGUCUGUUCAAGGACAUCUACACAGAGCUCUACAUCACAGAGGGUGGAAGUGGAGGGCUCAAUAAUGAACAUGAGGUUAGACAGAUGGAGAUGGCAUCCAAAAAACAAACCACACAAGAGACAUCAAUCAAAUGCAACGACAUCUUCAAGCCGUUACCUGGACAAGACAAACCUAUCAGAACUGUGCUGACAAAAGGAAUCGCAGGCAUUGGAAAAACAGUCUCUGUGCAGAAGGUCGUCCUUGACUGGGCAGAGGGAAAAACAAAUCAGGACGUUCUUUUCAUGUUUCCUCUUCCUUUCCGUGAUCUGAACCUGAAAAAGGACCAAUACAGUCUGAUGCAACUUCUUUCCCACUACUUCCCAGAGCUGAAAGAGAUUGACAGCAUUGAAGAUGGUGAAACCAAAACUGUUUUCAUUUUUGAUGGUCUGGAUGAGUGUCGACUUCCUCUAGACUUCAAAAACAAUGAGAAGUGCUGUGACGUCACGAAGCCAACCUCAGUGGACGUGCUGCUGACAAACCUCAUCAAGGGGAAUCUGCUUCCCUCUGCUCUCCUCUGGAUAACCACACGACCUGCAGCAGCCAAUCAGAUCCCUCUUGAGUGUAUUGACCAGGUGACAGAGGUACGAGGGUUCAAUGAUCCACAGAAGGAGGUGUACUUCAGGAAGAAAAUCACAGAUCAGAAUCUGGCCAAUGAAAUCAUCACCCACAUGAAGAUAUCAAGGAGCCUCCACAUCAUGUGCCACAUACCAGUCUUCUGUUGGAUAACAGCCACAGUCCUUGAGAUGAUACUGAACGAGGCAGAGAAGGAUGAAGUCCCCAAAACUCUGACCCAGAUGUACUCACACUUCAUGCUCAUCCAAAUCAUUGUGAAGAACAGGAAGUACAACAAAGCCACAGAGACAAACCCAAAGGAACUGUCUCAGUCAGACAAAGAGAUGAUCCUGAAACUGGCCAAGCUGGCUUUCCAACAGCUGCAGAAGGGCAACCUGAUCUUCUAUGAGGAGGACCUGAGAGAGUGUGGCCUUGACGUCACAGAGGCAUCAGAGUACUCAGCAUUGUGUACAGAGAUCUUUAAAGAAGAAUCUGGGCUGUACCAAGACAAGGUCUACAGCUUUGUGCAUCUAAGCAUUCAGGAGUUUCUAGCAGCAGUGCAUGCUUUAGAAUCAUGUCUGGACAAGAAGGAAAAUGUUUUCUCCCCCACUAGUGAUGAUGAAGAGAAGGAGUCAAUCCAGUUGUCUGACUUACACAGGAAAGCAGUGGACCAGGCCUUGAAGAGUGAGAAUGGACACCUGGACCUGUUCCUCCGCUUCCUUCUGGGUCUCUCACUGGAGUCCAAUCAGAAUCUGUUACGAGGCCUUCUGACACAGACAGGAAGUACCACACGGAGCAAUAAGAAAACAGUUGAGAGAACAGUCAGGUACCUUUCAGACAUCAUCGAGGAGGAAUCCUCACCAGAAAGGAUCAUCAACUUGUUCCACUGUCUGAAUGAACUUGGUUCCAACUCUCUAGUUGAAGACAUGCAGACCUCCCUACGAUCAGGAACUCUUUCAGAAACAAGACUAAAACCUGACCAAUGUUCAGCCCUGGCCUACCUGUUACUGAUGUCAGAGGAGGUGCUGGAGGAGUUUGACCUGAAGACAUACAACACAUCAGAGGAAGGUUAUCAGAGGUUGCUGCCGGUAGUGAAAACCUGCAAGAGAGCACUACUUGCUGGCUGUAAACUCACAUAUGAAUCCUGUGAGACUCUGACCUCAGCUCUGCAGACACCAAACUCCCCCCUGAGAGAACUGGACCUCAGCUACAAUGACCUGGGAGACAGAGGAGUGGAGCUGCUCUGUGUUGGACUAACCAGUCCACUCCGCAACAUACAGACACUAGUUCUUGGUCAGUGUGGUCUGACAAAGAGUUGCUGUUCAGAUCUGGCCUCAGUCCUGAGUUCACCCAACUCACAACUGAAACAACUGGAGCUGAGAGACAAUGACCUGCAGGACUCAGGAGUUACACUGCUGUCUGCUGGACUGGAGGAUCCAGACUGUACACUACACACACUGGGGCUAGGUCAGUGUGGUCUGACAGAGGGUUGCUGUUCAGAUCUGGCCUCAGUCCUGAGUUCACCCAACUCACAACUGAAACAACUGGAGCUGAGAGACAAUGACCUGCAGGACUCAGGAGUUACACUGCUGUCUGCUGGACUGGAGGAUCCAGACUGUAAACUACACACACUGGGGCUGUCUGGCUGUCUGGUCACAGAGGAGGGCUGUGCUGCUCUGUCUUCAGCUCUGAGGUCAAACCCCUCCCACCUGAAAGAGCUGGACCUGAGCUACAAUCACCCAGGAGACUCUGCAGGGGGACUGCUUUCAGCUGCUCUGAUGGAUCCCACAUAUAAACUGAUGAAGCUGAAUGUGGAUCAUGGUGGAGAGUGCAGGCUGAAAUCAGGGCUGAGAAAAUAUGCCUGUCAUCUCACCCUGGACCCAAAUACAGCAAACCCACACCUGAUACUGUCUGAGGGGAACAGGAAGUUGAAACGGGUGGUGGAGGACCAGCAUUAUGAAGACCAUCCAGACAGAUUUGAUUGUCUUCUCCAAGUUCUCUGCAGAGAAGGCUUAUCUGGGUGUCGGUAUUACUGGGAGGUGGAGAUGGAUGGUACCGGGGCUGUCAUUGGUGUGGUGUACAAAGGAAUGAAGAGGAAGGGAAGGGGGGUUGACAGUGACAUUGGAGGCAAUAAGAAGUCCUGGUGUUUAUACUGCUCUCAUAGUGGUUAUUGCUUUUACCAUCCUGGAGUCUGUUGCAGAUCCAUCCCUGGUCCUGUUUCUAACAGAGUUGGAGUGUAUCUGAACUGGUCAGCUGGUACUUUGUCCUUCUAUAGUGUGUCCUCCUCUGGUACACUGACACACCUUUACACAGAACACACCAGAUUCACUGAACCCCUCUAUCCUGGGUUUGGCGUUUCCUCCUCCUCAGUGACCUCAGUGACCCUGUGUCAGACAGAUGACCAACACAUUCAGAGAGAACAUCGUGGAGAGUGUUGGAUCAAGCCUGGACCUGAGGACACCAGAGACCAUGGUGGAGAGUGUUGGAUCAAGCCUGGACCUGAGGACACCAGAGACCAUGGUGGAGAGUGUUGGAUCAAGCCUGGACCUGAGAACACCAGAGACCAUCGUGGAGAGUGUUGGAUCAAGCCUGGACCUGAGAAAUGGAUUCCUCAGAGCUGUAAGACUUGUGACCAUGUUGUGGACUCCACACACUGGCUUCAGAUUGAACCCUUGACUUCCACUGUCCAGGGAGUGACAAUGUUCAGGCACAGGACACCCAGAGGGAGUUAUGAGUGCACAGUGUCUGGGCUCCGCUGGCUGUGUGAGAGAGAUGUAAUUCUGAAGUAUCACUUCAGGAACUGGGAACCCUACAGUCAACUUCUGAAAGACAUGCAGUACACACAAGGUGGUCCAUUGCUGGACAUCACUAUGGAGUUAGGUGAACUGGAGGAAGUUCAUCUGCCACACUUUGUCUGUUUAGGGACCAACCCUUCCCUGAGGAAUGAGAUGAAGAUUCUUCAUGUAGAGGAACAUGGAGUGUCUUUAGAGGAAGUGCAUGAGGUCACCAGAUUCCAUGCUAAGAUUCUCCAUCCCAAGUUCUCAGCUAUCUCUGUUAUACUGAGCUAUAUCUUUUCUUGGAUCGUAGAUGUCCACUGUGAUGUGGUCCUCUACAUGGCAGUAAAAAAGUCAACAGUCAUUUCAAGGCUGUACCUGCUCCUCAGAAACUCCAGUCAGAAAGAGGCUGUUCGGGAACGGGAGAAAGAUCAGGUGUCCCAAGGAUAUUCAGAAUUUCUCCUGUCAAGUCCAAAUGGGCCCUUAAAGAUGAACACUUGGUUUGCACUCAAGAAUCCCCUCUCCACUUCCAUCUAUCCAGAGAAGAUUCAGCUGUUACCUGCAAACACCACACCAAGCUGUUGUAAGAUGAUAAUGGGAAACACAGGGGUGGACAUUGAGAUGGAGUUAAUCGGGGAUGAUGAGAGGACAGUAUGGAAAUCAGUGGUAUCAAAAGAUGAAUACAGCAAAGACUCUCAUCCAACACCAUUAACACUCUCUGGGAUUCCUGCUGAGGAGUUUCUGAAGAAACACAGGGCUGAACUCAUUCAGGGAGUCAAAAACCCAAUGCCAAUAGCAGAUGUUCUGCGGUCAAAGUACAUGAUUGGUGAAGAAGAGUACUCCAGAAUAAAAGUUGAAACAACUGAACAGGAGCGAAUGAGAGAACUACUGAAUGCAGUCCUCCCUAAAGGACCAGAAGUGAUGGGAGCUUGUCUCAAAGCUCUCAGUGAACAUGAACACCAUCUUGUUAAGUACUUGAGUGAAUCUAGUCUGUGGAGAAAGACACUUCUCCACCUAAUCUGAAGAUGCUGAGGCCUGUCUCCUAGUCUGUGGAGAAAGACACUUCUCCACCUAAUCUGAAGAUGCUGAGGCCUGUCUCCUAGUCUAUGGACAAAGACACUUCUCCACCUAAUCUGAAGAUGCUGAUGCCUGUCUCCUAGUCUGUGGAGAAAGACACUUCUCCACCUAAUCUGAAGAUGCUGAGGCCUGUCUUCUAGUCUGUGGACAAAGACACUUCUCCACCUAAUCUGAAGAUGCUGAGGCCUGUCUCCUAGUCUGUGGACAAAGACACUUAAAUGAUUUUAAAUUUUAAUGUUUGCUAUUCUUUAAACCCAUGUCUGUGUUUUAUUCAUGUGCUGUUCUAUAAACCAAUGUGUGUUCAUUAAGUGGCCGACUGUACAAAUCCUCACUAUCAGUAGCUGUAAUUUGGCAGUAAGGCCAGACGUUGGUUUGAGAACGAGAUAUCUCAGUUUCAAGGUCUCAGCUUAGAGAGAAGAAGACUGGUGACGUGUUGGUCUGUCAAAUGUUAUGAACCAGUAUUGGUCGGUCACAUGAAUGAAGCAAACAGUAAUGAUUCAUUAAUUAUGCAAAAUCAUGUAUCUUGUCUGUAUAGCCAUAUAUAAGAACUGCUGGGGCUGCCCCAGGCAUAGCCUCUGAUUGACAUGUGUACUAUGGUGCAUUGAGUUGGGUCUGACCAGUGAGAGAUCCUGAUUGACAUGUGUACUAUGGUACAUUGAGUUGGGUCUGACCAGGGAGAGCUCCUGAUUGACAUGUGUACUAUGGUACAUUGAGUUGGGUCUGACCAGGGAGAGAUCCUGAUUGACAUGUGUACUAUGGUACAUUGAGUUGGGUCUGACCAGGGAGAGCUCCUGAUUGACAUGUGUACUAUGGUACAUUGAGUUGGGUCUGACCAGGGAGAGCUCCUGAUUUAGCCUAGCCACACCCCCCAUGGAUCACUUGGUUUGAACCAAUCAGGGGUAAGAGUCUGUUGUGGAAUGUCCAUAGGGGCAGCAGCAGGAGGGGGGGAAGUGAGAAGUAAAUGAAACGGUAAUGGAGCAGAAUAAUAUAUAGAUAUUUACUCUGUAACAAUGAUACAUGUCCACUGGGGGGUGUGGCUAGGCUAAAUGAGGAAGUGAUCCAUGGGCGGUGUGGCUAGGAUAAAUGAGGAAGUGAUCCAUGGGGGGUGUGGCUAGGAUAAAUGAGGAAGUGAUCCAUGGGGGGUGUGGCUAGAAUAAAUGAGGAAGUGAUCCAUGGGGGGUGUGGCUAGGCUAAAUGAGGAAGUGAUCCAUGGGGGGGUGUGGCUAGGAUAAAUUAUGAAGUGAACCAUGGGGGGUGUGGCUAGGAUAAAUGAAGAAGUGAUCCAUGGGGGGUGUGGCUAGGAUAAAUGAGGAAGUGAUCCAUGGGGGGUGUGGCUAGGAUAAAUGAGGACGUGAUCCAUGGGGGGUGUGGCUAGGAUAAAUGAGGAAGUGAUCCAUGGGGGGUGUGGCUAGGAUAAAUGAGGAAGUGAUCCAUGGGGGGUGUGCCUAGGAUAAAUGAGGAAGUGAUCCAUGGGGGGUGUGGCUAGGAUAAAUGAGGAAGUGAUCCAUGGGGGGUGUGGCUAGGAUAAAUGAGGAAGUGAUCCAUGGGGGGUGUGGCUAGGAUAAAUGAGGAAGUGAUCCAUGGGGGGUGUGGCUAGGAUAAAUGAGGAAGUGAUCCAUGGGGGGUGUGCCUAGGAUAAAUGAGGAAGUGAUCCAUGGGGGGUGUGGCUAGGAUAAAUGAGGAAGUGAUCCAUGGGGGGUGUGGCUAGGAUAAAUGAGGAAGUGAUCCAUGGGGGGUGUGGCUAGGAUAAAUGAGGAAGUGAUCCAUGGGGGGUGUUGCUAG